CGCACACCAACGUUUGUUUCUCACCGGAGCGUUUUAUACAAUGGACUGUCAACAAAUGUCAUGGCGGCGGUUUGUACAUAGCUGAACUGUACUCGACGUCUCAGAUGGAAGGUGAAAGCCUGUGUUGGAGAUAAGAUCAUCAGAGCUGCUGGAGGCUGAACAUUGAACAGCAGUGAAAUCAUGGUGCUGAAGAUCUUCUUCCCACAGUGCUGUAACCGGGCGGACAGCGGGCUGCUGGUUGGCCGCUGGAUCGCCGGUCAUAACUCAGCCGUGGUGCUGGCGGUCGUCCACUACCCGUUCAUCCCCGGACAGGUCAAACAGUACAUCCAGCAGAUGCAGGCUCAGAGCAGGGUGGAGCUGUCAGUCCUGGGCUCAUGGAGUUUACCCAAAGAGGGUCAGGAGGGCAUGGAGAGCUUCCUCAGAGACCUCAGCACCAUCUUCCCCCAGGAGCGCUGGCUCCAGAUCAGCCGCCAGAUAGGCAAGACAGGCUUCACCUGCGACAUCCUCAACCCGGAUCAGAAUGGAAGAGCAACUCGGCAGAAGGUACAAAAGAAGAAGGAUGAGGGGGAACAGGGGGAGGAGGAGGAGGAGGUGAUCUUUGUCCACUACGAGCAGAGGAAGGUGAUGCAGUCGCAGCUUCACCCAAUCGAGAAUGGAGUUCCUGAUCCCAAAACUGAUCCACCGUCUGAGCUGAGACAGAUGUUCCAGACGGUGGCUCGCAGCCAGCCUCUGUUCUUCCUGGACAAGUACGACGACGCGCCGCUGAAGUCGACACACUGGCAGUCUGAAGGUCGCGAGGCCAGCAUCAUAGUGGAGCUGCUCAAACAGGCCUCUGUCCCGCUCUGCUUGCUCAUCACCUGGCUGCUGUCCAUAUGGACGUGGAUCUGUAACAUUCGGAUCUUCAGUCUGUAUCCGCUCCGAUUCCUGUCCAGUAAACUGUCCACAUGUGUCCAGCUGAGCUACAGAACCGAACACAUGAGGACACUCGGCUCACCCAAACCGGCUGGUGGACACACACAGUUCAUGAGAAAAGCCAACAUCGUGGUGUCGUUCCUCGUGGACGUCGCUCUCGGCAUGUUGCUCAUCUCGUGGCUCUACAAAGACAACCACAUCAGCAUGUUAGCGAACACACUGGUGCCUGCAGCAGACCAUGUGGCUAAAGAGCUGGAGGAGCUGCUGCAGUGGCUGAUGGGAGCUCCUGCAGGGCUGAAGAUGAACCGGGCCCUGGAUCAGGUUCUGGGACGCUUCUUUCUCUACCACAUUCACCUGUGGAUCAGCUACAUCCACCUGAUGUCUCCCUUCAUCGAGGGCAUCCUCUGGUAUGGAGGCCUGUCAGCCUGCCUGGGCCUGACCUUUGCCCUUUCGCUGCUCUCUGACAUGGUGGCCCUGCUCACCUUCCACAUCUACUGCUUCUAUGUCUACGGAGCCAGACUUUACUGUCUGAAGAUCUACGGCCUCUCGUCUCUCUGGAGGCUCUUCAGAGGGAAGAAGUGGAACGUCCUGAGGCAGAGAGUGGACUCCUGCUCCUAUGACCUGGACCAGCUCUUCAUUGGGACUCUGCUGUUCACCAUCCUGCUGUUCCUGCUCCCCACGACAGCGCUCUACUACCUGGUCUUCACUCUGUUGCGGCUGGUGGUGGUGCUUUUCCAGGGCGUCCUCCACCUCAGUGUGGAUUUCAUCAACUCCUUCCCUCUGUUCGCUGUGGGCCUCCGCAUCUGUCGGCCCUACAGACUGGCUGAGGGUGUGAAGUUCAGGGUGCUGUGUGACGAGCCUGGGAUGGCCCUUCACCUGCUGAUGGAGAUUAACCCUCUGAAGUGCAGCUCAGUGGUUCAGACCUACCGCACUCCGACUUACAGCUGCUACCCGAAAGACUCGUGGGCAGCGCUGGUCAAGAAACUGUUUGUCGGGGAGCUGAUUUACCCCUGGAGACGCAAAACCACCAAGGCUGACUGAGAGACAGCAGCCAGAAGUGUGAGGGAGCGAGAGAGAAGGAGAGAUGAGGGAACAGAGGAAAGGGAAGAGACUGAGUAAAUAAUGAGAUGGAAACAGACAGAUGAACGCAAAGAGGGGAAAUGGGAGGCAGAGGUGAAACCGGUAUGAAGACCUUUGAGCUGAGCUGCUUUCAUGUUAGAGGGGAAGAACGUCAGAGAGAGAGUGUUUUAACUGGACCGAAGCUGCCAGGGCACCGCACUUCUAUUUUUCUAAACUCACGUUUUACAGCACGACGUCGGCCACAAAGCUAAAAACAGCAGCUCGUCAUGACCUGCUGUGAUCAUCUUUCAUUUGAUCUGAAAACAUUCCCUUUAACUGACAUCGGGUAUUUUUCUUUUUCGUUCAAAUAUAAGAAAUUAGGCUUGUUCAGACAUGACUGCAGCACAAAACACCAAGGGACCAAAACAACUCCUUAAUAAAUGUGUGAAUGUGGGAAAAAACAGCUGAUUAAUAAUAACUGUGAGUGCUGACUGCAGCUGCUUCACCUGAAACAAGGCUCAGUAGAUGAGACUGUGUUUUCAUGUAUGGAUGAAUUGUUCCUUCAAAGCCUGGAUCUUCUGUCAAAGGGGCAGAACUCCACUUAGAAAUCAGGUAUUUACAGCUGCACUGACUCUGUACACAGUUUUAAUCCUUUAGAUUUUAUAUAAUUUAGUAUUAACAUGAGCCUGGUUCAAAUGAUACUAACUGGACAAACUGAUUUUUUUAUUUCUUUUAAAUAUAAAGUUUUUUUUGCCAUAUUUGUUGCCAUAUUUCCUUCAGACACUGGAACUACUUUGAUGAAUUUGACUCUUGAGAGUCAGUUACUGAUGGAGAUGAACAGUCAUACAGCACCAUCAUUCUAUAAAUGAAGUCUGAUUCUGCUUUUUUGUGCCUAAUCGUGUCAUUUUUAGUGAAAUGUUUCCCUUUAAUUCUUUAAAGCGUUCAGCCUGAACCGGCUCACGUUUAAAGGAGCAAUCCUACAGUUUGGAAAUUUAGUUUGUUGUAGGUUAAUGAUGCAUAAAACCGCUGUGGAGCCGGGUGAAGGUUAUUUGUUCACCUUUUGUAGAGCUGGGUUCGUAGUUUAACACCUCGUAAACGUGUCCCUAGAUACAUAAAGAUGAGACUGAUAUAAAUCUUCUCAUCUGACUCUGGAAUAGGAAGCAUCAAGAUGAUUUCCCAAGAUUCCAGACUGUUCCUUUAAUGUAGAUUAUUGCAGUUUUAUUUAACUUUCAUCUUUAAUCCCUGCUCUUUACUCUCCUUAUCACAAAUUUGUCAUUUCUAACAGCUGAGUUGGUAAAUUUGCUUAUUAAAUGUUUGCAUUAUUGUUUUCUUUAUAAUUUAAUCCUCCAUUGAUCUGUUCCAAAUGUUCCAUUGUCAUUUAAUAAAAUCCAUUCAUAUUUAAUA